GUACGUUUCAGACCAUGGUCCAGGGGAGUAUCGUUCACUGUGCCAACACAAACUCCUGACAUCUCUGCAGAUCCCAGCUCCCACUGCACGCAUCUACCCACCCACCCAGCUGGAGUGGACCUGCAACGAGAGGAAGGGCACCAUGCUGCUGGAAGUAAACACUUUUAAUGAUGAGACACUGACAGCUGAAGUAGAGUCAUGGACCACAGGAGAGCAGCUGGCCUCCUGGGUUCUCCAUCACAGAGGCGUUACAGAAGCAGUGCAGGGCUGGUCGGUGGCUUUUGUGACUAAUGAAGGCUGGUCAGAAUUGUCUGGCUCAGACUUUGUCCUGGAUCUGCUGGCUGGAGCAGAAGCUGAAGGACUGCCGCCACCAGGAACACCCUCUUCCACAAACUCUGACUACCUGUUUAGCAGGCCUCCAGAGAGGAUGCCUGUCACAGAUCUGGAUGACUUCAUCCCACCUGCACCUUCCAUGCAAGCUCCAGGGCUACCUUUUUCUGAAGGAAACCUCUGGGCAAGAGAGUAUCCACAGGAAGGGCGUGGCCGACAGAUGGAUUCCUAUGUUGAUGACUUGUUUGAUCCUGUUCUGGACCACGGACCACCGGACACGGAAAGAGUAGCGAUGCUGAACCGCAGAAUGAGAGGAGGAGGUGGAGUUGGACCAAUGCAUGCUGGCAUGUAUGGAGCUGGUAUGCCCAUGACAAUGCCAACAUAUCCUAUGGGAGCACCAGUCAACCCUGCGAUGCCCAGUUAUGGCGCAGCUUCGAUGAUGCCAACCAUGCCAGCGAUGAUGAUGCCUCCGGCUCCUGCUGUCAGUGAUCCCAUGCAGAUGGCAGCAACUCAGCAAGCUCUCAUCAACCAGCAAGCCUUACUUAUGGCCCAGCAGAUGACCAUGCAAGCAAUGAGUCUGUCUCAGCAGCAGACCAAGGAGGAGCAGAAAAAGCUGCAAAAAACUAAGGAGGAGGAGAAAGAGCAAAGCAGGGAGGAAGAGAGGCAGAGGAGACGUCGAUCAGCACGAUUCCCUUCAGAGCGUCAGCGCUCACUUUCCCCUAAAGCUAUCUCACCUCCAGCUGUAAGGUCCAAAGCUCCUGCACCUAAGAAAAACUCCAGGCGGUACGAGUCUGAGUCAGAAGAAAAAGAAGACUCAACUGACCCAGAAGAACGGCAGUCUUUUAAAGAAAAAAGGAAUUUCUUCCAGAAGAUCGGUUCCCAACCUCAGCGGGAACCCAGACUCUCCAGGCGUGAACCAGCCCCACCCAGUUCACCAAAGCAAACGCAGCGCACACGUCCAUUACCGAGUCCAUCCCCUCCACCAGUAGCACAGAAGCCUGAAGCAAGACGUCCUCGCACUCCUCCAGUUGAAAAAGCAGACCCCCCCGCAGAAAAGCCUAAACCUGCUGACAAGCCUCACUCUGCACCGACCUCCAACAUCAGGGAAAUCAUCAAACAGUACAACAGUCGUCCUCAACCAGAGCCUGCGUCUUUUCAGCCAGUCAGAACCCCAGGAAGAACAUUUAUCAAAAAGAGUGACCCCAAACAAGAAGCUCUGGACAAACUUAAAAACAAAGCACCAGUACCACCACAGAGACAUCCUCCUCCCCCUAAGUCACCACCACCUUCUACCCCCUCCACUGAGGGCCGCAGGGUCAUUUCCAACAUUAUGAGGCAGAAGCAGCGUCCCUUGGAAGAGUUAUUUGGCUCUCAGGGCUCCAAGCAGCCUUUUCCUGCUCCACCUGACUCCCCACCACCUCCUCCAGAGCCUCGCCUUCAGAAGAUCCCUGACCCACCACCUGCAGCAGCCCCAUCUUUCAGUAUGAAGGCAGACGACGAGGGGAUUCGAUCUCAGCUCCACCGAUACUCUGCUGGCGUUUACUUCACUUACUCCGACAUGAUGGGAAAACUGUUCCUGCGAAAAGAGGUGUUUCACCCCAAAGAGAUGUUCAACCAGCCGUACAUCCUCAACCUGCUGUGUGAACAAAUCAUGAGAGACACUUACUCUGACGGUUGUGUCAGGAUCAGCAGAGAGGAGAGAAGGAAGAUGAAGGACCUCCUUGCAAAUUUCAAGAUUGGAACAACCACAAGCAGCAUCCAUGAUGACAACAUAAAGAGGAGAAUUGUUAUAGCUGCUCGAGACAACUGGGAACAUUACUUUACUCGACUGUUUCCUGUAACGGCUCACAGAGGGGAUGCUCAGGUUUUGGGUAUUUCUCAUAGAGGAAUUCGUCUUCUGAAGGUGGUGAGAGCAUCAGGCAUCAACCCAAAGCAUCUCAGACUGCUCAAAGGCUACAGUUUUGCAGAGGUUCUGUCAGUUCAUCUUCAGAGUGAUGAAAAAGUGGAACUGGAGCUUACGAAUGAAAACCUGGUGCUGCAGUCAUCCAGGGCUCCACAGAUCACUGUCAUGAUUCAGUUGUUCCUCAAAGAACUCAUCAAGGACUCAGGUCAUGUGGUAGCUUUAAAGACUUUUGUAACUGAUGACAAGAGUCUCCUCAGCUUCAGUAAAGGUGACGUCAUCAAAUUAUUGCCAAUGGAAGUAUCCCAGACAGGUUGGCAGUUUGGCUCAAUUGGGGGACGUUCUGGUCUUUUCCCAAAAGACAUCACACAGCCAUCUGCAGCCCCGGACUACCACGGCCUUCAUUUGGACCGACGAGACAACAGGAGGAAAAGCAUGAGGACUGCAAAGCCUGUCACUCCACCUGAGAACACUUCUCCACGUCCCAUCAGCAGAGCCAGCAGACACAUGGGCAGUACUCAUUCAGAGCCCCCUACAGGAGAGGCCUCACGUCCCAGCUCAGCACAGGGGUUACUUCAGAAGUCAGUACCAAAUUCAGUUCAGGGCUCAGUCCACGGAUUAGAGGGCCUCUCAGCUAUGGCUGAGUAUGCUGUUAAAUACUUCAGAGUUGGGACUACGGCUGUUCCAGCUACUGGAAGAAUAUUUUCAGAAGCAGUUCAACACACAGAGGUACCCAUCCAAGAGUCACUGAUUCUCUACAACGAUCCUGAAAUCAAUGAUUUGGCUGUAGAAUGCUUCAUCAACCUGAUGCAGUUUAUGGGCGACGUUCCAAUGAAAAAAAGUACUACUCAAGUGGAAUGCCUGAGUUUUAUUCUGCUGCUAGGGAAAGAAAAGGAAAUGCUGAGAGAUGAAAUCUACUGCCAAGUCAUCAAGCAAAGCACCAACAACCCAACAAGAUCCAGUUGCACCUUUGGGUGGCGGCUGCUAAACCUGAUAACCGGCUUUUUCCCCUGCUCUGAUAUCCUACAAAGUUUUUUCACACAACAUCUGCAAAACGUUUCUCAGGAUCGCAUGCAUCCAUACCAAGAGCUGGCUUGUAUAUGUCAAGAUAACCUCCAGCGGUCAGUCAUUUUUGGCGGACGUCGCAAUAUGCCCUCCCAUGUUGAGAUGGAGGCCAUUCUGGCUGGAAAAUCUUCUCGGCGUAUUCCUGUCCAGCUGCCAGGACGAGUCGAUUUUCCUGUCAAGAUUCGCAGCUUCAGUAUGGCAGUAGAUGUGGUAACAGAUGUGUGUAAAGAUAUGGGAAUAUUAGAACCCACAGAAAUCAAUGAGUUUUCUGUUCUUGCCAGAAGACUUCAAGAUGGGAUGGUGCGCCCCCUUCAUGCUAAAGAGUAUGUGUUUGACUUCCUGCUGGAUGAUGAAUCUAUCUCCUUGUCUGUGAGGAGAAUCAGCUGGGGAAACCCCCUGUCCUUUAGAAACGACCUCUACGUGGACUUUCAUUAUCAGCAGCUCCAGGAGGACUACCUGAGUGGAAAGUUGACGCCUGGAGGAUCCUCACCAGCUCAGCAGCUUGCAGAACUGGCCGUCCUGCAACUUGUAGCUCAGGGUCUGACGAACCAGCCCUCACUGUCAGAGCUCAAAGCGUACCUGCCCCCCCAGGACCGACUCAGCAGUAAAGCUGAGGAGCUCCAACCUUUCUGCCAGAGUCAGAUAUCUGCCCUGCAGGCUCUCAGUCCUGCAGAUGUCAAAAUACGCUUCAUCGACUUCAUGAGCAGCCUGCCUCUGUUUGGCUCCAACACGUUCACAGCCCAGAAGGUGAGCCAACGUGGUUGUCCCUCCCCCUGCAUGGUCAGCAUCAACAAGGAGGAGAUACUUUUCCUUCAUCCAAAAACACAGGAGCGAGUGUUUCGCAUUCUUCUGGCAGAAGUUCAGUCUAUGUGCACCGUCCAUCCAAAGAAACAAGGAAAACUUCCAGCAGUUGACAUCAACUAUGGCAAUCCUAUUAAACCCCAAAAAGUCACACUUCAUCUCCAACAGGCUAAAGAGUUGUGCCAUGUUCUUGCUCUAAUAAUGGAGGAGCUGAUUUGACCUUCAGUCACCAGUUUAAUGUCAGAUCACCUGUAAGAGUAAAAAAGAGACUCCAGCUAACAGGCUAUUGGUGUCAUCUUUGCUGGCUGUUUAUUUUCUGUAUAACUCCUUGAUGAGGAUUUUAUUUAUGAAACUGACUGGUUGAAAACUGCUAAAUUUAUGUUAAUAAAGGUUGUCAUUAUACACAAUGCACUGAUGAUCUAACAAAUGAGACAUGCUGAUCAUGGGUUAUAAUUAGGUCUGGAGUACCCGUUGGAGAGCAACACAACCUUCAAACUUUUGUGUGAAAUUAAGUUUAAUGAGCCAAUGUUCAAAAGUUAAAAAUAUUAUAGUCUACUAAU